UGUUGUGGGGUGGGGCGUGGGAAAAUGUGAGCUUGUUUGUAGACCUAGGAUAAGUAACCAGUAUGGAUGAGCACAGGAGGAAGAAAUUAUGGGGAAGGUUAGACCAGAAGUUGAGAAAGAGAAAAAUUCACACAGUAAGGAAAGGUGAAGUUGAGCAGCAGUCUUUAAACAUUUUUGCCUGUGCACUCUCUAAAGGAAUAUUGAGAAACUGUAACCCUUCUCCCCCCACAUUUUAAAAAUGACAACUAGAGGUUUUCACUGUAAGUUUAACAAGAUAUAAAAUAAGAUUACAGCAUAGUUUGAACUGAAGUUUUCCUUGAACAUACUGCCAAGAAAAUUUUAUAGCUAUAGGUUUAAUGCAUUCAAUUUAUUAAAAGUAUUCAUUAUUGAUAAGCAAAUCCUGUCAAACCAACUGAGUCAGAAUUAUUUUGUCAGAGAAGGUUUGACUUCUGAUGGACCUGUCUCAUUUUAUAAUUCUAAUAUAGGGCUGGAUAGUUGCAACAAGAAGGCUUGCUACAGUUUUGUUACCUGGAAGUGUUUAACAAGUAGCCACUCAUUAGUAUUUCUUGACUGAGCUCAGGGAUCCUCCUUCUACAGACAACUGCGCCUUUGGUGCCUCAAAUGUAUUUAUACUCUGGAGAGCAAUGCACCAUUUUAAGAUUGAUUUGGGAUGGGUGAGAGGGCUGGGAAGGGAGAACUUGAACCCUAGUUUUAGGAAGGAGGGCAUAUGGAAAUUAAGGAUCUGGAAAUAGAUUCACUUUCACACUUGCAGAGAAUAUCCGAGUACACUCCCUCUCACCCAUUUUGAAGGGUGAGGCGUGGAGCAAAGCUUUGGAAUAGUGCCUGGGGAAUCAGAGAACUUGCCAAGGACAAGAAAAGGAUAACUGCUUUGUGUUUGAAGUCACAACUGAAGUGGGAACUUGUUAGUUUCUAACAAUGCUUAUUAGCACUGUUUCUCUUGCUAUCUCUACCUUUUUUCUUCUCCUUUGCCUCUCCGUUUUCCUGUGUCCGCUUUAUUUGACAUCUUCCAGUGGCACCCUUGAGCACCCUUCUUUUUGGCAAAGUGAUUUUACCAGUGUACUCCUUAAACAAAUUCCACUAAAAUGUAAUAGGAUUUCUUAGUGAGAUUUGACCUGUGUAAAACUUUGAGACCACAAAUGCCAUAAAGAGUGGCAUCACUGAAUGGCCACUCUAGUAUAAAUGCAUACAUUGAACGAGUGAUUCAGAGUUCUGAAUCAGGUAACGUGUUUAAGUAUUUUUUUAAUUUAGCUUAAGGUAAAUUAGAAAGAUUUUGUCUUCCACCUCUUAAAUUAAAAAUAUAUUUUAAAAAUGGAAAUAUUUGUGUGUGUGUUUUAAAAAAAGGAGCCCUGGUGGCUCAGUGCUUAAGCGCUCAGCUGCUAACCAAAAGGUCAGUGAUUUGAACCCACCAGCUACCACAUGGGAAAAAGAAGUGGCAGUCCGCUUUUGUAAAGAUUACAGCCUUGGAAACUCUAUAGGGCAGUCUGACUCUGUCAUCCAGGGUCGCUAUGAGUCAGAAUCAACGGCGGCGAGGGUAUAUGUUUUAAAAAUAUUUUGAACAUAUAUAUUUAAAUAAGUCUGCUUAUCCAUCUGCAUUCUUCCAAAUAAACGAUGGGGUAUUUAUAAGAUUAUCCUGUUUUUACUUCUGGAUAAACAUGAUCCAGUGUACACACAUACAUACACACACAUAUAUAUAACACACAUCUUAAGUAUAUAUGCACAGACACCAGUCUAUACUGCUGCCAUUUAAAGUGUGCAAGUCUCAUUUAUAAAGCUCAUUAAAGCAAUAAAGAAGCACUCUGUGAUGAUUCAAGAACUCAUUUCAGAUACUGAAAUAGUCUAUCCCACUCGCCUUAUAAAUUCUGCCCUAUGAAAUGAUGUACCUUAUCAUUAUUAUUAUUUGGUUCUAGCAUACUUGGUUACUAUGGGAUCAGUUCUCGCUGCACAGGAAAACGUGUUCUUUUGUUGUGUAGAUGAUGCUUUGCUGUCAUUGACAACUCUCCAUUAUUUUCAUUAGAAAUUCUUCAGUAUACUGGGCAAUUACUAAGACAGUUGUAAUUUUUCUUAACGAGCAGUAAAGACUGACCUGUGCCCUUACCCCUUUUUUGUAAGGUAAAACCAAAACCAUUGCCCUUGAGUCAGUUCCGAUUCGUGCUGAUCCUAUAGGACAGAGUAGAACUGCCCCAUAGGGUUUCCAAGGAGCUCCUGGUGGAUUUGAACUGCCAACCUUUUGGUUCGCAGUGGUAACUCUUAACGACUACACCACCAGGGUUUCCUUUUGUAAGGUAAGUGGGGUCUAUUAGCUGGUCUAGUCUGAGCAUACUCUAGGGUUCAAACCAAAAAAAAAAAAACCAAACCUGCUGCCGUCCAGUCAAUUCCAACUCAUAGUGACCCUACAGGGCAGAGUAGAACUGCCCCAUAGGGUUUCCAAGGAGCGCCUGGUGGAUUUGAACUGAUGACCUUUUGGUUAGCAGCUGUAGCACUUAACUACUAUAUCACAGGGUUGCUUAAUGUGGAGCACAGAGUCUCUGGUGCUCCCUAAGUGAGUUUCAGGGGGUUCAUGAACCACAUCAAAGUAUAACAAAUAUUGUAGGUGUGGGUCUGUAUCCUCAGAUUUCAUUAGAAAGUUAAAGAAUUCUGUACCCCCAAAAGGUUAAGAAUGCCUUUUUGGUCAUCUUCACCACUGAACAAGACUGUGGGUCGGACACAAUGAUGUUUUCAAAACACUUGGAAAUAGUAACGCUCAUGUUUGUAUUGCUGUACUGUCUCAGCCACGUACAAUUUGCAUUUCCAGAAUAAUUUCUCCUGCGCGUUCCUCUAGUAGUUUUAGAUCUAUUACAAAUCUAGUGUAUUCCGACUUCUGUUACAAAUCCCCGUCACUAAUUUACAUUAGAAAUGAUUUUGAGAGCCCAGGGAAUCUCAGGUGUAAUCCUGAGCUACUGUUGAUUCUAUAUUUCCUUUGGAUAAACAUUUGCUGUAUUUUUUCAUUUCUUGAUACUUAAAUGGUGUCAGAACAAUUUAACACCAAUCACAGAGAAGAAGAAAUUUUUAAUAUUAGCAAUGUUACAUUUCUAGUCUGUGGUAAUUGGGAAGUGAAUAAAUACUAUUAUGAAAUAUUUUUUCAUCAUACUUUGUAUGUCUGAUACCAAUUUGUUUAAAGUAUUUAUAAAUGAUCAUAGUUAGUAUAGACAGUAGAAACAGCAAGAGAAAAGUGGGGGAAACAACAAGCAAAAAAUUCUUGGCAGUAGAUUUUUGCCUGAAAUUAUACUUUGUUUCCUUGAUGGUUUUAUUGUCUGAUAAUAAACUAAUGAUAUUUACUAAUGAAAGUAAAUGCUGGCCAACCAUGAUCCUUAAAGUGUUUCAAGGAUUACAAACCAAUACUGAAUCAACAAGCUCUUAACAUUAUUUUCUAAAUAACAACAACAAAAAACCAAACCCACUGCUGUUGGGCUGAUUCUGACUGAUAGCGGCACUACAGGACAGAGUAGAACUGCCCCAUAGAGUUUCCAAGGAGCGCCUCGUGGAUUUGAACUGCCGAUCUCUUGGUUAGCAGCUGUGGCUCUUAACCACUACGCCACCAGGGUUUCUGUUUUCUAAAUAAGCGUGAUCAAAUAAAUGCUUCUCAAAUAUAAGCAGACAGCAAGCAUUACUUGGAGAAUUUGUUGAAAUGUAUUUCUGGGACCUCACACCACAAGGUUUCUGAUUAAGUUGUUCUGAACUAGGAUCUGGCAGCUGCACUUUUAACACAUGCCCCGGGUGAUUUGACCACAUUUUGCCAAAACUGACCUAGGUGCUAGGAGGUUACGUAAGACUAUAAUAUAAUAAUAUUAUCCUUAAUAUAAAAGAAUACGUGAUGAAUGUGGAGGGAUGAAGAAGACAUGGCAGUAUUAGCAAAUUAUAUAGAAUAACUUUGCACUCUAAAAAUUAUUGAGGGAAGACAUGGCAGUCUGCUUCCAUAAAGAUUACAACCAAGAAAACCCUAUGUGGCUGUUCUCCUCUGUCAUAUGGGUUAGCUCUGAGUGGAAAUCAACUGGAGGGCACCUAACAACAAUGACAAGUUUUGUAUAUGUAAGGAGCCCUGGUGGUGUAGUGGGUAAGAGUUCGGCUGCUCCGAAUGGAUUUGACUUGAUGGCAGUGGGUUUGGGUUUGGUGUUUUUGUAUAUAUUGUAUAUUUACCAUAUUAAAAUGAAAAUUAAGAUAUUUACAGUAGGAACCCUGGUGGUAUGGUGGUUAAGAGCUUGGCUGCUAACCAAAAGGUCAGCAGUUCAAAUCUACCAGCUACUCCUUGGAAAUCCUAUGGGGCAGUUUAUUAAUAUUUAAAAUCAUCAUAGUCUAUUACAUGUUAGCAUAAAUAACAUUUUAAUAAAAGUUCUAGGAAGAUUUGAAAACAUUCAAACCCAUUGCUGUUGAGUUGAUUCCGACUCAACAACCCUAUAGGACAGAGUAGAACUGCCCCAUAGGGUCUCCAGGGCUAUAAUCUUUACGGAAGCAGACUGUCCCAUCUUUCUCCUGCAGAGUGGCGAGUGGCUGGUGGGUUCUAACCGCCAACUGUUCGGUUAGCAUCUGAGCACUUUAACCACUGUGACACCAGGGCCCCAACACAAAUAACAUUUUAAUAAAAGAUAUUUUCCAAAAUAAAAACAAAUAGAAGAGUAGCAUUAUGUACAUUUUUGCCAAAACCUCUUUGCUGUCUAACUUAGUAGAAGACAACUGGAUUGUCAUAUCUGCUUCUGCAUUCAUUCUUUUGCAGUCUGUUGUUUUGGUUGAAGUCUACGAAGAAAAUUCAGCUUCACAGAAAAGGGAGUGUUUUAAUAGCUUCUUUGAUACUAUACCAAAACUCCACAGUCACAGUUUCUUAAAGGUUAGCUGCAAUGUAGAAUCUGAAAUCAUAUUAUUGAGCUUUUUCUCUCUCUUUUUUUCCUUUGGUAUGUUAAAAUCCAUUGGUCUGUCUUGCACUUUGAGUGUCUCUGCAUGUUUUUGUAACAUAGUGCAUUGGUUAUGUGGAAAAUACUGGUCAAUAAGUUAUUCGGAUCUUCUAAAAUCCCAUGCAUUCCCAUCAUCCUGAUCUCAUCAGAAAAGUCUUUACAUGUUGGGAAGCUGUAAAGCUCCUGGUGGCAGAUGUAUUUAUUCCAAAUGCUUGAAAACUCAAAUUUUAUCAUUGGCAACAAAUACUGUCAGUUGUUUUCCUUGAAGAAACAAGCUCACUUUGUUCAUUUUUGAGAAAACGCCUGCCAAAUAAUCUAAGUCUGAACAGCCACAAUUUGUCAGUUGUUCUUUCAAGUAAAAGCGGUAGUCCAUGAAAAACCGACAGCUAAGUUCAGCUUGCAGCUCAGUUACACAAGUGCUUUUCUUCUAGGCAACCAUUGUAUUGUACUUCAGUUUGCAGCAGAAGUGUUUCACGUGCACUUCCCGUUUUCUCACACAUACACCCCAAACCCGUCGCUGUGGAGUCGAUUAUGAGUCAUUUUAUCACAGAGAACAUUAAAAAGACAUACUUCAGGGUCACAAUUUAAUGAAAGUAAUAAUUCUGACUGCUUCAACAAGGAUAUUAAAAAAGAAAACUGACUUUAAAAACAAAAACAACAACAAAAAAAACAAACCAUUAAUAGGGUCGCUCUGAGUAGAAAUCGACUCGAGGGCACACAACAACGACAAUAAUAUGUGAUAGUGAAGAAAGCAGUGACCUGUUUGGGUAGUGCUAAGGCAUCAGCAGUUUUGUCCAUUGUUGCUUUUGCAUCAUCAGUGCAAAUGUCAGCACAGUGGAAGAUAGAGAAUGUCUUCAUGUUAUUGCAAAAAAUAGUUUUGACCUCUGAAAAGGUCUUGGGGGCUCCCUGGAAUCCAGGAAACUACAUUUAGAAAACAGCUGAUAAUAGAUGGUAGGUUAAUUGCAUUGGGCCGUCCUGCCAACCCCUAGCAUUGCAUCUUUAAUGUGAGACCUAACCUGUCUGUAUUCCAUAGCUCCUUAGUAAUACAGUGUAGAGGAUCACUUUGGAAGGUGGGCAACCUUGUCUUGAUUCUAGACAGAAUGCGGAGUCCACAGGGCAGGCACUCUGGCAUUUAUCCAAGUUUCCCCACAGCUAUGUUGUGCUGUUCCCUCCGAGCUGCCGAGAAGCGUGACCUCUUCCCAUCUCUGCCCAUCGAAAUGCCUUCCUGCUUAUAUUUAGGCACAGCUUAAAUGCCUUCCUUGGUCUCCUUAGUAGGAAGUGAUUUCGUUUGUACUCCUUAUAGUGUUUAUUGUUUGCAUCCUCAGAUUUUUUUUUUUUGUCAAUCCCUUAAUUACUUGCUUAAGGACCAGAAUGAGUUCCUUGUUUCUUUGUAAUCAGCAUGUUGUCCCCCAAAUGGGAGGGCAUUUUGUAAAUAUUUGUCUGAAUGUAAUGAAAUUAAAACUGAAAGCAAACAAAGUAAAACAAGUGUGCUUUAGUUGCACAUUUCCUGAUUGCAAGCCUUGGAGUGAUCAAAAGUAGCGAACGUGGUUUACUGCUGUGGUUUUGUCCCCUGCUCACUGCAGCCUCCUGGGCCCCAGUACUCAACAAAUAUUCAAAUUGGAGCUUGAGUUCUGAGAGGCCGGGUACUCUGUGUUCCGGCGAUGUGUGUUUGUUAAAACCUGGCAAGAGAGCACUACCAAGGAGCCUGCGGGCGGGGCUCAGCCGCAAACGGGCUAUUCUGCGCCUCGCUCGGGCCCGGCGCCCCCGCCCGGCCCAGUCUCCGGCUCCGGCCAGCCGAGCGCCCUGCCCUUUUAAGGAGGCGGAUCGUACCACUAGAACUUUCUUGCCAGGGGAGUGUUCAAGCGAACUCGGACAACUGAAGUGAGCCGAAAGGAAAUUUUCCUUCCGUUCUAACGUUGGCCGGUGUUCUGGCGCUGGGUGGUGGGAGCUGGGCGCCAGUGGGCUUCGAGCCUAGGGCCUUUUGGUUUCCCCUCUCCGAAAUCGCCCCGAGGGCUCUGGCUCGCUCUGAAUUUAGACGCGAUGUUCCCUGAGCUCGUCGAAAGUGUAGUCCGCCUGCAGAGGCCCCAGUGCCCGGAUGUCCAUCAGGAUUAGCGUGAGCCAAUACGGGCCGAGCCCGAGGCUGCGCUGAGGACGCGGAGGCUCGCCCGGAGCAGGUAGUCCCGUAACAUUUGGGGAGUCGCGCCGCUGGCGAAGCGUCCCCGCCCGGCUCCGGCCAAUGGUGAGCGCGGCGCUGGCACACGGGCCCGCGGGUUGAAAGCGCUAAUGGACAGAAGACAUUGGGCUCUAUAAACUGAAUUAUGGCAGCCCAGUCAAGGGAUCCUGCCAGGGGAAGGUGGUGAUCUUGUGCCCUCAGUUGGUGUUGUGCUCCAGACUUCAGGAAAAGAUAGAUUUAUUUUAUGAACAAAAAUACUUCAUGAAAUCCUCUGUAAGUAUCUUUAGGUGUAUGGGUGAUGGUAGUGAAAGCUGAUCAUCCUUUCAGCACUCUUUGCUAUUCUUGUAAAAAAAACAAAACUGUGAGUCACUGGUUAAGAAGAUGUCUCCUUCCUCGAUGCCUGAUAGGAGUCUGCCCAGUAUGCUUAACGGUGCUCUUAAGAUGAGCUGUUCAUAUCAUUAAUUGAUGAAUGCCUCAUUGCUCUUAAGAGCCGAGCACUGUUAGUGCAGGGCUCCAAGUUGGGUAGGAUAGACAUGAUCUCUCCCUUCCCACAAGGAGCGCACAGUUUAGAGGGGAAGAUAGAAGAUAAGUAAACAAACCAGCAAAUAAAACGACUGCCAACUGUGUUAUGACAAAAAAGAAACAGGGUGCUGUGACAGAGAAUAAUAGGGUGUGGGGAACUUCGGCUGGGGUGGGUCAGGAGGACCUUUGAGGAAGGUGACGGGGAGGUGGAGAAAAAGCAAGCCAUGACAUGUUAGAUUUCCUUGUCCUUUUGGAAUGCACAUGGAAAUAAUAAAUGAUGAAGGUGGGAAGGAUGACAGUUUUAUACCUGGCAAAUACUGUUUUCACACAGCAGUUUCUCAAAAGAAAAUUCUGAUUGUUUUUGUGGAUUGUAGUUUUUCCAAAACUGUGCCCUGUUUUUUAAUGAAGGCAAAAUGAGUACUUAAACAUCAUAGCUUGAACUUGAAAGUGGAGAGCAGUUUCUAAAAGUUUGCUUUCACUGGUGUAUAGCUAUAAACCUGGUGAACAAGUGCUGUAGAGAACUUUGAGAGGAAUUUUUUCUUACUUUGGAAGCCAUCAAAUAAGGGAUGUGGUAGAAUUAACGAACUCCAACUAAAUGAGUUUAGCUAUAAGGAAGUGAAGAUUUAGACAGUAAGGAGGGCAUUUGGCCUGGCUAUUAAAUAAAAAAAAUAGAAAGGUUAAUUUGGAAAACAACUUUUAUAUAUGUGAAGGACUUUUGGGGAAGUGGGGUGAAAGUUGGCCACCAUCUCUUACAAGAACAGAUCUUGAAGAGAUAAAUAAUUUAUAUUUGUUAAGAGGUUUAAAUAAGCCUAGGAAUGAACUUCACAUCGAGGAUGAUUAAAUAUGAAGACACAGUGGAAGGUGGUAUUCUCUUAGCCUAUUUAUAAAUGGAAAAUAGAUAACCUUCUACCUUGGAUAUUUUAGGAAGUGGCAAAUGGUUAAGUCCUUUCUUCUCAAGGCAUUCUGUGGCUCCUUGAAAAAUGCUAUCACAAGAAACUGUUACAGCACUGAAAGUUUUCAUUGUCUUUUGUGUGUGUCACAGUUACAUCCGAUUGUGUGAAGUUGCUUCAAGGAUCAUCCUGCAUUCAUUAUCACCUCAUCCCUCUUGCACCUGUGUGUUACAGCGAUUUUCAAAUAGAUGUAUUUAGUUGUAGACCUUUUGUGGUAUAUCAUUUUUAUAAAUGUUUCGUGAACAUCUAAAAAGAAGCUUGUACAAUGAAGACAGAAACCUGCUUCGAAUUAGAGACAAGGAAAGACGCAACCAGGAAGCUCACCAAGAGAAGGAGGCAUUUCCUGAAAAGAUUCCCCUUUUUGGAGAGCCCUACAAGACAGAAAAAGGCGAUGAGCUAUCCAGUCGAAUACAGAACAUGCUGGGAAAUUAUGAAGAAGUGAAGGAGUUUCUUAGUACCAAGUCCCAUCCUCAUCGCUUUGAUGCUUCUGAAAAUAGGUUGGGAAAGCCAAGAUAUCCUUUAUUUCCUGAAAAGGGGAGCAGCAUUCCACCCCACUCUUUACACACUAGUGUUCAUCACCAGCCCAUUAACACUCCUGCCUCUGGACCACUUCCUGUUGGUAACAUUAGCCACAAUCCAAAGAUGGCACAGCCAAGAAUGGAACCAAGUCUCCAUGCUAAAAGCUAUGGCCCACCAGACAGCCAGCAUCUGACCCAAGAUCGCCUUGGUCAGGAGAGGUAUGGCACUAGUCAUCACAAAAAAGGUGACCACAGAGCUGAUGGAGACCAUUGUACUUCGAUGACAGACUCAGCUCCAGAGAGGGAACUUUCUCCCUUACUCUCCUCUUUGCCAUCUCCAGUACUCCCUUUGUCACCUGUACAUUCCAACCAGCAAACUCUUCCCAGGACACAAGGAAGCAACAAAGUUCACAGCAGUAACAGUAACAAUAAAGGCUAUUGCCCGGCCAAAUCUCCCAAGGACCUAGCAGUGAAGGUCCAUGAUAAAGAGACCCCUCAAGACAGUUUGGUGGCACUUGCCAACCUUGGGGUAGCCCCUCCCCAGCCACCUUCUCAGACAUUUCCCCCACCUUCCCUCCCCUCAAAAAGUGUCGCAAUGCAGCAGAAGCCCACAGCUUAUGUCCGGCCCAUGGAUGGUCAAGAUCAGGCUCCUAGUGAGUCUCCUGAACUGAAACCACUGCCGGAGGACUACCGUCAACAGACUUUUGAAAAAACAGAUUUAAAAGUGCCUGCCAAAGCCAAGCUCACCAAGCUGAAAAUGCCUUCUCAGUCAGUUGAGCAGACCUACUCCAGUGAAGUCCAUUGUGUUGAAGAGAUUCUGAAGGAAAUGACCCAUUCAUGGCCUCCUCCUUUGACAGCAAUACAUACGCCUAGUACAGCUGAGCCAUCUAAAUUUCCUUUUCCCACAAAGGAUUCUCAGAACAUCAGUUCUGCAGCCCAAAACCAAAUCUCGUUUCAGGUCCCAGUUGUCUCAUGCCUGGGAAAAUACGGCAGCCUCCCAACCGAUUUGUUGCCUCCAUACUUAACAUUUCCUGCUCCAUUCCAGGUUAUACCAGAACAACAUGAUACAUCUUCAAAAACCCACUCUAAUUCUCAGCAGAGAACAUCCAUGCUCGAAGAUGACCUUCAGCUCAGUGACAGUGAGGACAGUGACAGUGAACAAACCCCAGAGAAGCCUCCUCCUUCCUCAUCUGCACCUCCAAGUGCUCCACAGUCGCUUCCAGAACCAGUGGCAUCAGCACAUUCCAGUAGUGCAGAGUCAGAGAGCACCAGUGACUCAGACAGCUCCUCAGACUCGGAGAGUGAGAGCAGCUCAAGUGACAGCGAAGAGAAUGAGCCCCUAGACACUCCGGCUCCUGAGCCAGAGCCACCUACAACAAAUAAAUGGCAGCUGGACAACUGGCUGACCAAAGUCAACCAACCAGCUGUGCUACCAGAGGGCCUUGGGAGCACAGAGCCACCGCAUCGUCACCAGGACAGUAAGGGCAAGGGGAACGGCGACAGCAGCAGCAGCACUAGUCAGGAGCAUUCUGAAUCCAACGACCCUGCCCCCAAGAGCUCUAGCAAAACUCUCCGGGUCCCUUCUGAAGGCCCCCACCCUGGCAAGAGAAGCUGUCAGAAGUCUCCCGCACAGCAGGAGCCCCCACAGAGGCAAACUGUUGCAACCAAACAACCCAAAAAACCAGUCAAGGCCUCUGCCCAGGCAGAUUUGCAGGCCAGCUUGCAGGUGGAAAGUGAGCCAGGACUUCUUCCUUAUGGCUCCAAAGACCAGAAUUCCAAAGACAAGCCCAAAGUGAAGACGAAAGGAAGGCCCCGUGCUGGAGAAAACAAAGAGCCCAAACCAGCGGUGCCCACCCCCAGUGAAAGGAAGAAGCACAAGAGCAGCCCUCCUGCCCCCUCCAAGGCGCUCUCAGCCCCUGAACCCACGAAGGACAAUGUGGAGGACAGGAGCCCUGAGCACUUCGCUCUUGUUCCCCUGACUCAGAGCCAGGGCCCACCCAGCAGUGGCCGCAGCAGCAGGACUAGUGGCUGCCGACAAGCGGUGGUCGUCCAAGAGGACCGCAGAAAAGACAAACUCCCGUUGCCUUUGAGAGACACCAAGUUGCUUUCACCGCUCAGGGACACUCCUCCCCAAAACAGCUUGAUGGUGAAGAUAACCCUAGACCUUCUCUCCCGGAUACCCCAGCCACCUGGGAAGGGGCGCCGCCAAAAGAAGCUGGAAGAUAAACAACCCCCCACAGGGAAGAAGCAUGAUUCUGAGAAGAGAAACUCAGACAACUCAAGCAAAUUGGCCAAAAAGAGGAAGGGUGAAGCAGAAAGAGACCAUGAUAGCAAGAAAAUCAAACUGGAAAAAGAAACCAAAUCACAGCCAUCAUCUUCAUCUUCAUCUUCAUCCUCCCAUAAAGAAUCUGCUAAAACAAGAACGCCUAGGCCCUCAUCUGAGCCCUCAAAGAAGGAAAUGCUUCCUCCACCACCUGUAUCAUCAUCAUCCUCAUCCUCCCAGAAGCCAGCCAAGCCUGCACACAAGAGGCCAAGGCAGGAAGCAGACACCUGUGGCCAGGACCCUCCCAAAAGUGCCAGUAGUACCAAGAGCAACCACAAAGACUCUUCCAUUUUCAAGCACAGAAAAGUAGAUGGGAAGGGACCUGGAAGCUCUACAGAACACAAAGGAUCUGCGGGAGAUACUGCAAAUCCUUUUCCAGUGCCUUCGUUGCCAAAUGGUAACUCUAAAUCAGGGAAGCCUCAAGUCAAGUUUGACAAACAACAAGCAGAUUUUCACAUGAAGGAGGCCAAAAAGUUGAAGUGCAAAGCAGACUCGAUGACGGACAAGAUCGGAAAAGCUUUUAAGUACUUGGAAGCCGUCUUGUCCUUUAUUGAGUGUGGAAUUGCCAUGGAGUCUGAAAGCCCGGCGUCAAAGUCAGCAUACUCUGUAUACUCAGAAACUAUAGAUCUCAUUAAAUUCAUAAUGUCAUUAAAAUCCUUCUCAGAUGCCACAACACCAACACAAGAGAGAAUAUUUGCUGUUUUAUGCAUGCGUUGCCAGUCCAUUUUGAACAUGGCUAUGUUUCGUUGUAAAAAAGACACAGCAAUGAAGUAUUCUCGUACUCUUAGUGAGCACUUCAAGAUUUCUUCCAAAGUAGCCCAGGUACCUUCUCCAUGCAUCUCAAGAAGCACAGGCACACCACCCCCUCUUUCCCCCACACCUUCUCCUGCCAGCUCUGGAGGGUCCCAGCCGAGUGCUGGCGGUGUAGGGAGCGGUGGGCUGACCGCCACCAUCAGGACCCCAGUCACCAUCCAAAACAUGACAUCCUCCUACAUCACCAUCACUUCCCAUGUCCUUACCGCCUUUGAUCUUUGGGAACAGGCUGAGGUCCUUACAAGGAAGAAUAAAGAAUUCUUUGCUCAGCUGAGCACAAGUGUGUGUGCCCUGGCCCUCAACAGCAGUUUGAUGGACCUGGUGCACUAUACAAGACAGGGUUUUCAGCGGCUAAAACAAGUAACCAAAACACCUUAAUGGAGGCCCAAGUUGAGUCAAUGCCUUGGGAACUUUUUUGCACAUUGAAAGCCUCAAAAAACAGUCUGGACAUUUGUCUCAUCAGGACACCAAACUCGAAAAGAGAAAUACCAUGAGAUGGCUUGGACAUUUGUCCACUUAAUUUCUCAAGAACUGUGUGAUCAUUGGUUGGACCCGAUGGUUAUGCAGAAGCAGAGAUGAGGAGGCCUCAGAGAUGAUCUUGCCUUUCCUGACUAAAGGACAGAUGUGCAAUGUAGCCUAAAUGGUUGUAUGAGUGGUCUAGAAACAUUUCCGUAUUUUUUUUAACCAGCAGGAAGAAAGUCGCAAUGAGGUGAGGAGAAGCAAUUUCAGCUCUGAAAGCAAAUUUACAUCAUCUCCGUAGCCAUACUAGUCCAUUCCCAGAAGGAAAAAAAAAUUUUUUUAAAUAAUGAUUUUUGGUGUAGGGUUUUGUGGAUGAUUUUUUUUUUUCCUUUUAAGUUUUGGGGAAAAUAUUUGUUUCAUAAAUUCUAACAGUCAUCUAUAAAGUGUAAGUUGUGAAGAACUUCACCAUAUCCCACUUGCUGCCAAUGAACAGUGGCUUUGAUAAUACCAAGUAUUGUCAUAAUUUAUAAAAUAGAAGGCGACCCCAUUGCCUGGAGUGCUGCACGUUCACCCUGCUCUGGUUUCUCCGUUACUGCGCUGAGAGUCAGCCCACGUCAGAGCAGUGAGAGGAGCCGCGGCACGUGGGCGCCAUCUUGAGAUCUCCGUGUGCUGGGGCAGACGUGGCUCUGCCACUUCCACGCCCUGCUUCAGCCAAAGGGACUCUCACAAGGCAGUCACCAUUGACAAUAUUUGAAUUUCUCGCCUUGGGAAAGAAGGGAAUCAACAUCUAUAUCUGACCAGAUGGCUAAAGUGCUUUUAUAUCUCUGUUCAAGUAGAGCUGGACUUUGAGGUGCUGGUCUGUGGUCUCCAGCUAUGUGGGAACUCAUAUUGUCUAACCAACCCAGUUUUGUCAGUGAACAAAGAAAAAUGAAAUCUACUUCUUAGAGAGGCUAUAUUUUUCUGCUACAAAUUAUAUUUAUAGCAAAACUAGACUUUUAGAGCCCUUGGUUGUCUAGGAGGGAAUGGAACCGCCUGAAAGGAUGUGGAGAUUUGGGGUGGUUUAAUUAAACUUUUUUAAAAGAAUCGUCACCACAUGCCUUCACUCCAGAGUGUGUUCUCAAUCAACUAGAUUUGAUUAGAUUGAAGAGAAACCGUGGCCUUCCCGUAAGUUGUUAUUGCCGUACUAUAUACAGUUAGCCAAGUUUAUUUUAAAUAACCUAAAAUGAAAGAACACAUUCAAAAUUCCUACAUGCCCAUAAGCACAGGUUUUCUUUUUUGUUGGAACUUGGAAGGUUCAACUGGAAACAUUAUUUUGAGUACAGUGUUUUUAAAAGCUAAUUCUUUUUGUCCCUUUUAGAAUAAGUAGAAUUUGCACAUGUAUUAAAAUUGAGGAGUAAUGGUCAUUUAUGUAACAAGUUGUUUUAUUUCUGUCCUCCCCUGCCCCGUUCCGGCCCUCUACGUGUUGUUUCCUACUAAGCAUAUUUGACAUUUUCAUGUUUAUUUACUAGGGAGAAGGAAGUGCCAUUUUAUUUGUAGUGAACGAAUCUAAGGUCCGUAUGAUGAAUGUAAGCACAUGCUUGGUAGUUUGGUAAAUACGUAAGGGGUGUGUAGAGGAUGGAGCAAUGCUUAUUUUUCAAAGUACAAAUUGUUUAUGUAAAGGUGCUGCUUCACUUUCUGAUCCAGCCUGUUCUUUUGUUACCACUAGCUAGGUCAGAGGUCAGUUCCCUCACGUUUAGAUUAAAGCCUAGAGAGUUAAGCAGUAGUACCAUCUGAGCAUAAGACAUUGAUACAUGACCCUGAUGGACCAGUUUCACUUAAUCGAUGUUGUGGAGUAAAGCCACGGUCCUUUUUAAGCUACUGGUUUAAGAAACAACCUGUCGCUAAGUGAACAGUGACUGCCUGGUAAGCCGCGUGCUGUUGGCAUUUGGGUGUCCGUCCCUUAUGUGUCAGGGACGAGACCACUGUCAGCCAUAUAUGAGGAUUUAACAUCUUUUUUCUCCUGACUCCCUUGGCCAUCUCCAUCCCCUACUCUGCGGAUCUCCCCAAAACAAGACACCUGUGAACUUGGAAAGGGUCGUGUUCUUUGUGACAGGUCUUGACCUGUGCAGAUUGGGCUGGAGCGUGUGCGUGUUCCAUCAGCAAGCUGCAAGGCUCCCUUGACUGAAGACAUUUCUAAGUAAAUUUCUCAGCCAGUUCUAAAAGAAGUAAUUGCCUUUUCUGUGGCCUUAUUCUUUGUGGGUUUUUUGUUUUUGUUUUUCCUGACCUCUGUAUUAAUAUUUAAUUGCCCCUUGAAAAACUUACACAUUUUGCAUAGAUCAGUAUGUACUAUUUUGAUCUUUCACAAUCUUACUGCAGCAUGCAUUGUAUCCAAAAAAGAAUUCCUACUGGCCACCUUUUUCAUAGAGUAUGUAAAAGGCGGUGGCUGAUGGAUCGUUAAUGUUCAUAAAGCCUUUUUGCUGUUACAGUUGUGUAUAGAAAUCUCAAGGAUUUUUAAAAAAUCAUUUGCACUUUUCCACUGCAUGCUUAAAUUCCUGGAGGCAAAAUUUGUACUGAGGCAUGUAAUCGAGAGGGCUCCAGAUUAUAAAAUUAAGAAGCCUUUGAAUAUGUGAAGUUCUUAUAAUAACAAUAACAGUACAGACUUUGCAAUGAGAUAACUAUAUAGGUUUCAAAAUACCUAAAGGAGUGAAAAUAGAGUAUAAAAUCUUGCCUUUGGCACUACAGUUUUAUGAGUGUGUGUCCGUGUGUGUGUCUGUCUGUCUUUAAUAGGAAAUGGGAGAACACUGUUUUACUUUUUAAAGUGUUGAAUAUUUCUGUCCUUUAUGGAGAUAACUAAAAUGUGAAUAAAUUGAACUUGGUAUUUUAGUCAGACUAAGAGCCCUGCUAUAACAAGAAACACUUGACUGCAAUUUACCAAAGUACAGCAAGUUAAGAUUGUGAAAAACUUGGCCACGUGCUGUUGGUGGUGAAGAGAGGGAGACACAGCAGAAUGACAGCAGAGGGAUUUGACUGUCAGAUGUUAGGGUUUGACCUCAGUACUGAGUGGGAAAAUCAUCUGAGGUUUUUGAAUGAAAGGACCUUUAUCUUAUAGGUCUAUUUUGACUUAAGUAUGUAGCUAUUCCUUGUAGAUAAAUUAUACCACGCUUAUUUCUGUUGUUCUGUAUCUUUUAAUUCCAGGCCUUGGGAUAUUUACAAGCUAACAAACUAUCCCUUUCAGGCUAAAAAUUUGUCUUGAUUGGUAUCUUAAAUAUUAAUGUUAGUAGGAUCAGAAACUUACUGUUAUUAGUAUUAUGAUCGAGGUUCGGUAACUUUCAGAAGCAAAAAGCAAAUCUUUGUGCCCUCCAAAAUGAAGAAGGCUCUUUCAGGUAUAGGGAAGGCUAUCUGUAUUAUAUAUGUGUACACACACAGUCAGAGUAAGAGGCUGAUUGAGUUGGGUAUAAUUUAUUAUCGCGCCUGUGUUGACCAAACCUAAUUUUGAAAUGAUGCUGUAUUUAUUUAUUUUGCCAUGGCUUUAAGGGAUGUCAUGUGGGCCUUGCACCUUUCAUUCUGCUUCAUGAAGUUUGAGGUCUUAUUGUCCACCUUAAGGUAAAUGAACCAAAUAAGGCUUGAUGUUGGGCUUUUUUUUUGUAACUUAAAAAAAAGUCUUCCUGCCUCCCACCACAUCUUGUACUUUUGUAAUGGUCUCUUUUCCCAGACACUACACAAAAUCUUUGAAAAACUCUGCCACUUCAUCUAUUCCAUUUGCUACCGCCACCACCGAUUAGCAGUAUUUAAAUCUUACAAGAAUAUGUCGGGCUUCUUUAAGAAAGACAAAAGCAUAGAUCUUCUCACUUGGAAGUCAGAACCAUGGAGUAAUGUCAGGCUCAACUGUGGCGGUACUUGUUCUUUUUCCCCUUUAUCUAGUGAGCUGCCUCUUUUUUUAUGCUUUUGGUCCCAUUUAGAAUUAAUGGAUGUAAGGUGUUUUUUCUGUGCCUCUUUUAUUUUUUGUCAUUUUGUUGGGGGGAGAUGGAGUGGCAGAAUAACAUGGUGUUGGGGAUUCUGCUUCAAACAUUGCAAGUGGCAUUUCCACCAUGUGAACCUCAAAUACGCAGUCCAGUUGCACUGGUUUCUCUCAACCAAUGCAGCUGUGUGACCGAGAAUGCACGUCUCUUCAUGAAUUGUGAGCGCUAGCCACGUUCUUUAGUUCCUGUUUUUGAUGAGUUGACAAGCACCAUCCACCGCCUUUGUGAAGGUGGCUAUAGAUUUCGUAUGAUCCAGGGGGAAAUCACACUAUAUUUUGUCUGUGGUGCAUCAAAUAGCAACAGGUACUCUGAUGGGUAGAGAAGUGCCUACACAAGGAGCCCGAUAGGGCAGGGAGCAUACAUUCAUAUAUUGGCCUGGGAGGACAAGGGGAUAAGACCACUGACAGCAAGGCUGGCCAAGCUGCACUGGUCACACCAGGCAGUGGCUGAUCUAAGGGAGAGAAUUUGCUUUGCUUAAAAGUAGAUGUUUAAAUGAUGCUUAACACAGGCAGUAUUAACUUCGCCUUCUGUUCAGGCCUUCAGCAUGUGUUGUUAUAAUUACUGCACACCCCCUUUUGAUAUCAAAUAUACACUGUUCAUGUUGUGAGUGGGUAUGUAAGUACGUGUCCCAAAUCUUGUUUUAAUUUUUUUUUUUCUCUGAAUGUGAUCAUGUUUUGGAUGACACCUGAGCAGGGUUGCCUUUUUUUUUUUUUAUUUAUUACCAUUAUAUAUUAUAUUAUAUUAUAUAUUUUUUGCUUUCUUAUAACUUUAGAGGAAUGUCAAAUCUUGGUAUUAAAAUUGUUUAAAAAGGAAUAAAUUGUCCAGCUGAUAAAUGAAGAUCACUGGUCUAUCUUAAAUAAUAUGGAUUUUUCUUUAAUUACUGUGGAAUAACGUGCCAGCUAUCUAGUCACCGCGAUGGUUUUGUACGUAGGACAGGGAAGCAGUGGUGCUCUCAGUGGGAAGAUGUCCUGCCCAGAUUAAUAGGGGAACUCUGUGGACUUUAUCUCCCUCAGCAUUGGAACUGCAGCUGGAGCUUUUGGGAAUAAAAUUUAGCUGCCUUGGAUAGUCUUUUGAAAGACAUACCUGAUCUGUGAGAGAAUUAUAGUUUGUUUUCUUUUUUUAGAAGAAAAAUUUGCAGAAGAUCUUUCCAAAGAUAAUGUGCCACAGAUCUUUUGUUUGUUGUUCUGUUAUAAGGAUUAAUUGCCGUUUUAAAAAAAAAUUGUGAUCGACUUGUUCAUCUUCAAAUUCUUUCCUUUCCACAAGAGGAUUGAGCUGUAAAAAAUUAAAUAAAAAAUUAGAGAAAUCAUUGGAGUCGAAUCCAUGCUUUCACUUUGUCUGAAUAAAAUACUUAAAAUAGUUAUUGCUAUACGAAAUCCACCAUUAUAUCCAAGGAUAGUCUCACAUAGAGUAAUGUGCUCUAACUAAUAGUGUUUAUUGUUGAAAUUGGGGAAGAAGUGUGGACAGAAAGUAGCUCAUCGUUCUGUGUGGUUUAUUUGCCAGAUACUCACACACACAUCAGCCUCAUAGGAAUGUGGCUCCUUAUCCCAACCUCAGCUGCCAGGUACAGCAGUGACCAAGUCUUCCUGUUUUUAAAUUUAAUUGAUUUGUAGAAUGUUGGCAUUGGAAGGAAUCAAAAGGUCAUCUGUUCUGGUCUCCCUUUGCUGCCCCCAGAGAAGGGAUGCCCUCCCUCAGUGAUUUCGUGCCUAUUUCCCACUGCUUCACCAGCCCUGGGAAUCAGGUUUGGAAAAUGGGAAGGGAAAAGAAUCACCCGCUUUGAUAGGUGGGAAACUGUGUCCCUGGUGUUUUCAUUUACAUGUCUUUUAAUUCCUUUGGUACCGACUACUUUUUUUCUCACAUACCAGGUUUCCAUUUGCAGUGCCAGGGGUUAUGUGACCAGUACUCUUGACCCCAUUCAAGUGCCCAUCCAGGUGGAUGGGGGGAAGGCAGUUUUCAUAUCAGUCAUAUGGAGUGAGUGCCUCAUAGAAAGGGUUCUGGUAACAAAGGAGGAAGGGAUGCUGAGCAGUAAAAGGGAACAGAUGAUCCCUUCAGGCUACUCUUUUUUUCCCCCCCUUUGAUUUAUAUAUUCAGGAUAUUAACCUUUUAUUAUGGUACAGGUAUUUCCCUCCAAAUUAUCUUUUGCUUUUCAGUUUUUAUUACGGUGUUCUUUGACAUUAAUUUUUUUAGUGUUAAGUAGGCAGACUUCUUCUAAUGCCCUCCUGCAGUUUGUUUUUUGUGUCUGGAUGACAUGUACAAGGGCCAUUUCCCAGACACUAUGCAAGGCCGUUUAUCUGUUCCACUGAGUUCUGGCACCAACUGUGUGCUCAGUAGUGGUGAUAAAUGUUAUUCUCCUUUGCAUCUUAGUUUUUUCACUUCUGGAACCUGAAAUUAUCUGAAUACAUGUUUGGUCACUAUUUUGCCAGGGUUGUUGAGAAUGUAAAUUGUCACACUGGGCUAUUUUUGUCAUCUAGGUAGUGUUUUUUUUUUUUUUUUAUGGUAGUGUCUAGAGCCUUCGAAUCCAUCCCGAACAACUUUGAAGCCCAGUGGGCUUUACCAGUAUAUAAUUGGAGGUUUAUCUGCCAUUACUUUGGUUGUGAUUAAGGAAUUGCACCCGUCUAGUCUGUUGUGACUAAAGAAUGGGAAUCUUUCAGCAUUUGUGGUUUCCCUGUAGACCACACACAGCUGAAACCAAGAUGGUAGUGAGACACCAAGGCCCUGAUAAUAAAGGCUUGUGCCCUUCUAACAGACGGGAGACUAGGCCUUGAAAUACUUUCCAAACAGACAAUUCUAUUUUAGCUUUAAAAGACUGUGUGCCUCCUCUAGAUAAGUACUUUAAAUCACCCUUCUGUCUUACUGGGACCCAGUUCUAACAUCUCAUUUACCUUUUUUAUGUGUAAGAGGCAAUUAUGGGUUUUUAUCUCUCCACUGCUAAAUAUUCCCUGUAAAUUACCCUCUAAGCAGCAAUACACACGUUUUUUCCACGUUACAUACACUCUUGGGAGUCCAGUUGCUGGGUGGUACAAAUGGUUAACAUGCUCAGUUACUGACAGGUUGGAGUUUCAAGCGCACGUGACCUAAUCCCAAGAAAUCAGCCAUUGAAAACCCUAUGGAGCACGCUGACACACGAAGUUACCGUUGAGUUGGAAUUGACAGCAACUGAUGUGGUUUUGAUUUUUAUACACACAUGGAAAACCAACUGUACUGAAAUGUGAAUGGGCUAUAGAAAAUGCCUUUGACCAUUCAAUGCCAGAUGAGUAGUUUGAAUCCACCAGGUGCUCCUUGGAGACCCUAUAGGCAGUUCUACUCUUUUUUAGGAUCGCUAUGAGUCGGAAUUGACUUGACGGCAGUAGGCCUUGGGCUUGGCUUUCAACAUCUUUGUCAUGUCUUUGAAGAGGCUCCUCAUGCAGAUGUAACUUGGCACCCAGGGUUUAUAACCAACCCAACAUGAGUAAGGGAGAAAGUAGGUGACUUGGUAGAGUGGUUUUGCAGACUUCCCCAAGCCUGUGUAUAAAUGAGGAUCAUUUGGGAAAUUUCUUUAGGGGGAAAAAAAAAUUUCAAACUGAUUUACAAAUAGCCUGGAAAAAAAAAAAUGAUACAGAAGUAUAUGGAGCAAAAAGUUCAAAGACAAGUCUCUUUCACCCCUUUCUCCCCAGAGUUAACAACCAUUAAAUUUGGUGCUGCUUCCAGAACAUUUAUCGGGCAUUUACACAUUGUUUUUAAGCGUACAUUUGGGUAUACUAUAUUGGCUAUAUUUUCACUUCUGUGUUUUAGUCUUCUGUAUCAGUCAUCUUGGCUACAAAAUAUUGUAUGAUAAGGAUAUACUAAAAACAAACCAAACCAAACCCAUUGCCAUUGAGUCGAUUCCGACUCAUAGCGACCCUACAGGUCAGAGUAGAGCUGCCCCAUAGGGUUUCCAAGGAGCACCUGGUGGAUUUGAACUGCUGACCUUUUGGUUAGCAGCCAUAGCACUUAACCACUAUGCCACCAGAGUUUCUAAUACGGAUAUAGCAUUAUUUAUUUAAAACAUUCUCCACCUUUGGUACACACAUCUUUGUAUAUUCUUGCAACGAUUUCUAUAGGAUAAAUUCCUGGAAGAGGAAUGUCUGGGCCAAACAGUAAACCAAAUUUCAAAUUUUGAUGUUAACAAUUUGCUCUCAGGUCAGACCUUGACUUGUGGUGACCCCACACACAACCAGAGGAAAUGCUGCCUGCUCCUGUGCCAUCCCCUUGAGCGCUUAAGGAUCGGAUCAUUCUGAUCCAUAGAGUUAUCAUUGGCUGACUUUUCAGAAGUAGAUUGACAGGUCUUUCCUCCUAGUCCAUCUUAGUCUGGAAGCUCUGCUGAAACCUGUCCAGCUUUACAGCAACAGACAAGCCUCCUUUGACAGGUGGUGGCUCUGCAUGAGAUGUGUUGGCCAGGAAUCUAACCUGGGUCUCCUGCAUGAGAAGUGAGAAUUCUACCAUCAAACCACCAAUGCCCCUGUUACCAAACUACCUCUCCCAAAAAGCUCUCAUACCACCUGUGAAUGAGCUUGCAUUCUUGCCAACUGGGUACAAUGUGAAAAAUAAUCCUACACUUUCAGUUUGUGUUUGUCUGACAACUGAAGCUGACCACCUUAUUACAAACUUACUGGUCAUUUGUUUCUCGUUCUGUGAGAUGCGUAUUUCUGUAUGUAGCUCAUUUGCUAAGAGAUGAUCUUUUUCCUACGAAUUUGUAAAUUAAGCUUAGACUAGGUUAAUUGCCCCCAACCACUGCAUGACUCUUCCUUAGUUUUCUCCACCAUCUGAACCUCUGCAAAGACAUCAUUCAUGAGCUGCUUACAACAGUUUCCAGCUCUACCUUUCUUCCCCAGACUCUAGGUUGAUCAAACUCUUGAGUGAGACUCCAUGCAUGCCACUUAUUCAGUGAGUCUUCAGCAUUUGAAGCUCCAUUCAUCUUUAAACUUACUACUUGUCCAAGCAAAAUGACAUCCUGGAUAAAGUGGAAGCUGUAAAACAUUGGUGUGGUUUUGAAACCCACUAGAUGGGCUGGAUGAAUUUCAUUAUGGCUUACCUCUAUGGCCCAUAAAGAUCAAAUCUAAAAUUUGAUUGCCCGAUGUCAGUUCUCUGCCUCACUUGACUGUAGUCCUGUCAACCUGAUAUUUGUUCAUUUUGAAUGAAGGUAAAAACAAGGGAAAAUUCUACUUUCCCAUGGAUUUACUCAUCCACUCAGUAAUUUGAGUAAUUCUUCUGUGUCAAGUGACAUGCUUCAGAAUGUGUAGGCAUAAGGCAUAGGUUAGGCUGCCCACAUGCCAUGUCUCUUCUCCAACCAGGUGGCAGGUAACUUCAGAUCUCUUGUUUUCUUUUCACUUAACUACACCCAUGAUACAUACCUUUUCCUACAGCACAAUGACCAGAAAGUAAAAGUGUGAAGGGGUAAGAAUGUGUACUUUCCAGAGCUUCUAUUUAUAAAACCACUUUUCAAACCAGUCAUUAUGCUUUACAGAUGAUGAAAUUGAACUCUACCAAGGAUGAAAAUUUGGUCAUGGCCAAACAGUAAGAGGUGACGCCCAGAUGAUGACACAGAUUCGUCUGACUUUGUUAUGGAAGGGGGUUUUGCUUGUUAGAAUGAACAAGAGGAAAUGUAAGUUUUAGAGCUGUUUUAAUGUCAGCAGCAGCCAGUAUCUUAACACCGUUAACUUUCAACCAUUUUUGGAUUAUACUAGAGGCAGUUAGUAAGACUGGAAUGUGAGUAGGAAUCAGGGAAGCUUUGUAAACUGGAGCGUGAACAGUAAGUCCGAGAAUCAGUAUUCACUAGGAACUCUUCUCGUGACUGACACAAAGAGGGAUGUUCCUUGUCGGAUGUUACACGUCAUCCCUACAAAUUUUCUCCACUUACCAGUUAUAGUCAAGGUACUCGUAUACCUCUAGUGAUUGCUGAAAUUGACAAGUUUUGUUUUUUUUAAAUUCUCUUUAUGAGGACAUGUAUUAUUUAAUAAAGAAAAGCUAAACGGAAUACAAAAGUGAAAUUUAACGUGAUAAACCUUUAAAGAAAUUAGCAUAAAAUAUAUCUAAAAAAUGAACAAGAUUUAAAGGUUAAAGUCCCAGGAAACAGAAAAUGGUAACUGAAGCAGACAACAGUGUAAAUUCCUUCAGCGUCCUCCAACCUGAAAAGCGUAGAGAGGCAGAAUAAAACUGUAGCUCAGACUGGUGGCUCUGAAGGCUGGAGAGCUGGGCCCUGGCUCGAAUGCUCACGCCAGUCAGUGUCCAGGCAAAACCACCAACCAGAGCCAAAAUAUAACAUGGCAGUGCAUAACCAUCCUCUAUCGUCUGAAAGUUACCUAAAUGUCGGGUACUUUAUUUCCUCAUCUGUAACAAAAGAGGAAGGAGUUGAAAUAUGUGACAUCCCAAAGUCUAUGAAAUAAAAAUAUUGCCAGCCAAAUACUUCCAUGUUAAACAGGAUGUGUUAAAAUCUAAAAAGAGAUGAAUAGAAUUUAUUAAAUAGAUCAAUGUCCUUCAAAAUCGUCUUGAAGGUUCUGCACAUUUGCUAACAUUGUCCACAGCAAAUCUAGAACAUCGUCUUUUAAAUUUUGGGGAACCAGGUAGGCAACCUGCUUACUGUAUUGUGUUUUUCUGGAAGAUUCAAACAAUACAGUCCAUAUAAAUAACUCCCUAGAGUUGGCUCCAAAACACAUUUCUGGAAGUGAGAGAAUAGAAAUUUAUCCCUACUAAAUAAUUCCAAUUAUCUCCCUAAGUUGUUUUUUUGAGCAAUGGCAGCAUCACUGGAGUAAGUUCAAGAUCUCUGCAUGUUAAUUAUUUUAAAAGCAAUACUUAUUGUAGCAACAUUUUUUUUGUGUGUGUGCUUUAAGUGAAAGUUUACAAAUCAAGUCAGUCUCUCACACAAAAACUUAUAUACACCUUGCUACAUACUCCCAAUUGCUCACCCCCUAAUGAGGCAGUCUGCUCCUUCCCUCCACUUUCUCUUUUCCUGUCCAUUUCGUCAGUUUCUAACCCCCUCUACCCUCUCAUCUCCCCUCCAGGUAGGAGAUGCCAACAUAGCCUCAAGUGUCCACCUGAUCCAAGAAGCUCCCUCCUCACAAGCAUCCCUCUCCAACCCAUUGUCCAGUCCAAUCCAUGUCUGAAGAGUUGGCUUCGGGAAUUGUUCCUGUCCUGGGCCAACAGAAGGUCUGGGGACCAUGACCACCAGGAUCCUUCUAGUCUCAGACCAUUAAAUCUGGUCUUUUUAAGAGAAUUUGGGGUCUGCAUCCCGCUGCUCUCCUGCUCCCUCAGGAGUUCUCUGUUGUGUUCCUUGUCAGGGCCAUCAUCUGUUGUAGCCGGGCACCAUCUAGUUCUUCUGCUCUCAGGAUGAUGUAGUCGCUGGUUCAUGUGGCCCUUUCUGUUUCUUGGCCUUGUAAUCACCUUGUGUCCUUGGUGUUCUUCAUUCUCCUUUGAUUCAGGUGGGUCAAGACCAAUUAAUGCAUCUUAGAUGGCUGCUUGCUAGUGUUUAAGACCCGAAACGCGACUCUCCAAAGUGGGAUGCAGAAUGUUUUCUUAAUACAUUUUUUUAUGCCAAUUGACUUAGAUGUCUCCUUAAACCAUGGUCCCCAAACCCCUGCCCCUGCUUCGCUGGCCUUCAAAGCAUUCAGGUUAUUCAGGAAACUGCUUUUGGUUUAGUCCAGUUAUGCUGACCUUGCCUGUAUUGUGUAUUUUCUUUCCCGUCACCUAAAGUAGUUCUUAUCUACUAUCUAAUUAGUGAAUAUCCCUCUCCCACCCUCCCUCUUUCCCCCCUCUCAUAACCAUCAAAAAAUAUUUUCUGUUUAAACUAUUUCUCGAGUUCUUCUAAUAGUGGUCUUAUACAAUAUUUGCCCUUUUGCAUCUAAUUUCACUCAGCGUAAUGCCUUCCACGUUCCUCCAUGUUAUGAAAUGUUUCACAGAUUCCUCACUGUUCUUUAUCAAUGCGUACUAUUCCAUUGUGUGAAUAUACCAUAAUUUAUCCAUUCAUCCAUUGAUGGGCACCUUAGUUGUUUCCAUCUUUUUGCUAUUGUACACAGUGCUGCAAUAAACAUGGGUGUGCAUAUAUCUGUUGGUGUAAAGGCUUUUAUUUCUCUAGGAUAUAUUCCAAGGAGUGGGAUUGCUGGAUCAUGUGGUAGUUCUAUUUCUAGCUUUUUAAGGAAGUGCCAAAUCGAUUUCCAAAGCGAUUGUACCAUUUUACAUUCCCACCAGCAGUGUAUCAGUGUUCCAGUCUUUCUACAGCUUCUCCAACAUUUGUAUUUUUUGGAUUAAUGUAGCCACAUUUUUUAUAGGUUGAUACUUUCAAAAAUUAGUUACCAUUUUAAUCCCAGAACAUUUCUAUCCCCUCCCCAUAUACAGUGUUUAUCCUGAAGCUGAAAAAACUUUCUGCUAUCUUAUACCUCUUUCUCUACCCCCUGACUGAUAAGUGGAUUGGACCAUAUUUACUAUGGAGUAUAAUCACUGUGUACCAAAAUGUCAGUCAGAUGGUUUUGCCUCUCUUCCUUUUGCCAUUUGACAGAAGGAGUAAAUCAUCAACGGGCAAGUCUAUCCAUCAGGCUUUCUGUUGUGCGUUUAGACAUUUGUGGGUAUUUGCAUGUGCAUGUGUGUACGUGUGCAUGUAUCUCAGUUAUCUAGUGCAGCUACAACAGAAAUACCACAGUGGGUGGUUUAACAAACAAAUUGAUUUUCUCACAGGUUAGGAGGCUAGAAGUCCAAAUUUAGGACACUGAAUCUAGGGGAAGGCUGUCUUUCUCUGUCAGCUCUCGGGGAGAGUCCUUUGUCCAUUUUCAACUUCAGUUCCUCAGUUCUUUGGUGAUCUUCAUGUGGCCUGGCAUCUAUCUUCCCCCAUCUCUGUUUGCUUAAUGUGCUCUUUUAGAUCUCAAAAGAGACUGAUUUAAGACACAACCUACAAUAACACUGCCUCAUUAAGAUAACAAAGAAAACCCAUUCCAAAAUGGGAUUAUAACCACAGGUUUAGGGUUUGGAUUUAGAACACAUUGGGCAGGUGGGUGGGGGAGGGCACAAUUCAAUCCACAACAGUAAGUAUGUAUGUGUGCGUGUGUUGUGUGUAUAAAACCACUGUAUAGACAUAUAUGAAGUCAGGGCAGUAAGAUGUGUUCUCGAGUAAUUGGGCCAUCUAAAGCAGAAGAGAUUAGGGACGUUUCAUGUGCACACACUACUUUCUGCAAUAGUGUGGCAUUAAUCAUGUGAUAUCCUGUUGCGUUAAGGUAAAAGCCUUAAGUUCUUACUUUAAAUCAUUAAAUGUUUGGCUCCACUACCCUAAUUUCCUGAAGCCACAUCUUUUUUUACUUACCAAACACACAGUCCUUAAGUCCGUCAGUCCCUGGCAGGCUCCUUAGCUUCACUUCUUUGCUAUUUCUAACACACAGAGUGCGCACUCCUUUCAGUAGGGCCUUGGAAGCCGCAGGGCAGCUGGGACCCAGUCUCCCAAAAUUUUACUACUCUCCACAGGCAUAUUUACAAAGUGUUACCUGAAAAGACCAAGGAGCCACCAGACAUUCCAUUUGUGUGCAAUUCAUUUGGAAAGCAUUUACAUUCAUUCCAUUAGUAAGAAUUAUUUACUCCUCUGGCUCUGGUUUGAAAAGAUGUAGUAGGUUUGAGUCGAACAAUGCCCUCUCUGGCCUUUUUCUCCCCUUCUUCAUAAGCAUUAGUCAGUCCAUAGGUGUAAACCCUUAUACCAAAAGAUCUCAGUGCAUAAAGUGGAUGAAACAUGAAGCACAAAAGCCUAGUUUUUGGGGUUUUUUUUUUGCACCUCUGGGAUUAAGGAGCCCUGGUGGCUCAGUGGUUAAGUGCUCAGCUGCAAACCAAAAGGUCAGCUGUUCAAACUCACCAGCUGCUCUGCUGGAGAAAGAUGUGGUAGUCUGCUUCCAUAAAGAUUACAGCCUUGGAAACCCCAUGGAACAGUUCUACCCUGUCCUGUAGGGUGAACUCAAGAGCAACAGGGAUCAAGUAAAAGCCAGGACCGACCCAGCCCAGCUCCUGAGGAUUAUUAAUAGUGGUAAUGAGGAAAACAUUUUGAACUUGGGCUCAGAUUCCACUCAGCAGGCUAAAUAUUGCAGCACACGUGAAAUGAAUGUAAAUUUUAACAAGCCAUGUUUGAGAUUUAGGCUUCUCAGUACAGGCAGUCCUCUCAUUACAAAUGAGUUCCAUUCCUAAAUCUAAGUCAAAUUUGUACAUAAGUUGAAACAGGUACGGUUCGUGUCUAACGUCAGUCAAAAGUCUGUCUUAGUAUAUAGUAUACCUUUUCUAUGCAGAAGAAACGUUAAAAGAAAACACCUCCAGAUACACCAAAACUCUAACAUAAUCAGGAAUGAUAAUAUUUUGAUGUGCCUUGCAAACUAGCACCUGUUAUUACGAACCAUUAUGUCAUCAUCGUUGUUGGGUGCCAUUGAGUCAAUUCCGACUCAUAAGCAGCCUAUGUACAACAGAACAAAAUGCUGCCCAGUCCUGUGCCAUCCUCACAGUUGUCGUUAUGCUUGAGCCCCCUGUUGCAACCACUGUGUCAGUCCAUCUAGUUGAGGGUCUUCCUCUUUUUUGCUGACCAUCUUCUUUACCUAGCGUGAUGUCCUUCUCCAGGGACUGAUCCCUCCCAAUAACAUGUUCAAUGUAUAUGAGACGUAGUCUCACCAUCCUCACCUCUAAGGAGCAUUCUGGUUGUACAUCUUCCAAGACAGAUUUGUUCGUUCUUUUGGCAGUCCAUGGUAUAUUCAAUAUUCUUUGCCAACACCACAAUUUAAAGGCAUCAGUUCUUCUUCGGUCUUCCUUAUUCAUUGUCCAGCUUUCACAUGCAUAUGAGGCAACUGAAAACACCAUGGCUUGGGUCAGGCGCACCUUAGUCUUCCAGGGGACAUCUUUGUUUUUCAACAUUUUAAAGAGGUCUCUUGCAGCAGGUUUGCCCUAUGCAAACGCAUCUUUUGAUUUCUUGACUGCUGCUUCCAUGGGUGUGGAUUGUGGAUCCAAGUAAAAUGAAAUCCUUGACAACGUCAAUCUUUUCCCUGUUUGUCAUGAUGUUGCUUAUUGGUCCAGUUGUGAGGAUUUUUGUUUUCUUUACAUUGAGGUGUAAUCCAUGCUGAAGGCUGUGGUCUUUGAUCUUCAUCAGUAACUGCUUCAAGUCCUCUUCACUUUCGGCAAACAAGGUUCUGUCAUCUGCAUAAUGCAGGUUGUUAAUGAGUCUUCCUCCAAUCCUGAUGCCCUGUUCUUCUUCAUAGAGUCCAGCUCCUUGGAUUAUAUUCUCAGCAUGCAGAUUAAAUAGGUACGGUGAAAGGAUACAACCUUGAAGCACACCUUUCCAGACUUUAAAGCACGCAGUAUCCCCUUGUUCUGUCUGAACGACGGCCUCUUGCUGUAUGUACAGGUUUCUCAGGACCACAGGUGUUCUGGAAUUCCAGCAUGGCAGUAACAUGCAACCCCCCACAGCAGGACAAACUGACAGUAAGUCCCCAGGUUAAGAACAUCCAAUUUACAGACGACUCAUACUUAAGAACUGACUGCCAUAAAGCCUACUGUACUAAAAAUCUGAGUUAAAUACAAUGGUUCGGAAUAACGAACACAGGCACUACUUUGUGUCGCUCAUGAAAACCCUGCUCAGGCUUUAGCGGUCUGUGGGAUCACGUCGAGUGUGUAACCUUGUAUUUGGCUUACGGUUUCCUCGUAUCCACCCUUGGAACCAUGCCUCCAAAGCCCAACUCCGAUGCAAGUGCUGGCGAUGCGUCCAAGACAAGGCUGACGAUCACAAUCGAAAACAGAGUGGAAAUGAUAAAGCGAUUGGCAAGAGGUGAAACGCCGUCAGUCAGUGGUCAUCAGCUGCAGUUAGACAUCAGUGAAACAGAUGUCCGUUACUCCACUCCCAUGCCAGAGAACCAACCAGGGAAGACCUUAUGGAACUAGGGCAGCAGAUGACGGCAUCUGAGGAAGAAGACUUUGACCUAAAAGUUUCAGAACCAAAAAAGUUUUUGACGAGUUAGCUGAAGCCUUUUGUCUUGUUGAAGCAGGGAUGGCAAAGUUAGAGGAGCAAGAUCCUAACACGGAGAGGUUCACCAACGUUUCCGUAGUUACCGAGGGCCUCAGCUGCUACAAGGCCAUUUAUCAUGAGAGAAAGAGACACUCUGUACAAACUUCCCUUGAUGCCUACUUCGAGAAAUUGACUCCUGUAGUAAACGCCCCCCUCCAGCAGCAGAACCAAACCCUGACUCUCCAGCACCGGGCCCAUCCUCUUCAACAGCAGCGUCUCUCCAUCACCUUCUCCUGCACCGUCCAGUUAUCGUGAGAACGUUACCUCCUGAACGCCCCUUCCGGUAUGCAAGACCUCAAUGGAACAAGAGUAAGUGUUAACAUCAUGAUCUUUUUUCUUUUCUUUGUUUUACGAACAGUUUCUUUAAUUUUUUUACGGUACUGUAUACCCACACGUGUACACACACAGAUUCUCUCUUCAGUACAGUACCGUAUAUACUUUUAUUAUUACUGCAUUAUUAUUAUAUACUGGAUUAUUAUGUUUUAGUGUAUUUGCAAGUGCUUGUUUUAUAUGCAUACCCGUCAGUUCCGACUCAGUGACCCUAUAGAACAGAGCAGAACUGCCCCAUAAGAUUUCCAAGGGGCAGCUGGUGGAUCCGAACUGCUGACCUUUUGUAAGAAUUGUAUGCAUCUGUUUCGACUUACCUACAAAGUUGACUUAAAGACAUUUAGGAAUGGGACUCAUUUGUAACUCAGGGACUGCCUGUAAGCUUAUCCCAAGUGCAAUGUGCAGAAUAUGCCACUAGAGGGCAACCACUUCCUUUAGGGAAAAAAAUGCUGCGGCGAAUCCAUUGAUUUAACCACAACAAGAUACCAUAUCAUGAAUGUCUCCAAUCAAAAGCAAUACCAAAUGUUGGAGAGGAUGUAGGAAAACUGCAACCCUCAUUUUUCUUCUGGGAAUAUAAUUUGGUACAGUUCAAUAGUUUCUUGAAGAGUUACAAAUCAUCAUCCAACCCAGCAAUUUCACUUGUAUGAACCUAUUCAAGUGAAAUGAAAACACAAGUUCACAUAAAGACAUGUUCAUGGCAGCAGUAUGCAUAAUGGGCCAGAAGUGGCAACAAUCCAAAUGUCCAGCUUGUGAAUGGAUAACAACAUGUGGAAUAUGCAUAAGAUGGAAUACUCUUCAUCAAUAAAAACGCUCCAGUCUGCCCAAAGGGAACGUCAAAAACAUUAUGCUAAGUGAAAGGAGCCAGAUGCAAAGGACUACAUACAGUAUGAUCCCAUUCAUAUGAAAUAUCCAGAAAAGACAAAAGUACAGAAGCAAAAAGCAAAUUAGUAGAAGGGGAAGAGUAGAAACUGACUAUAAAAGGGCUUGUAGAAACUUUUUGAGAUGAUGGACGUGUCCUAAAUCUGAAUUAUGUUGAUGCUGACACAACUUUAUACAUUUACUAAAUCAAUGAAUUGUACACUUACAGGUGAAUAUAGUAUGUAAACUAUACCUCAAUAAAGCUGACUCAAAAAAAGCACUCUCCUCCACUCCCCUACGUACUACACUGAUUUAUUACUAAUUACCCUACACGAAUAGGGUAGGUAUGGGGAAAUGAAGUGAAGCAGCGGAGGAAAGAAAACUGGGGGCCUGUGAGUCAGAAUGUAACACAAAUAACCACUGUGUCAUUCGGUCCUAAGCUUUGGUUCUCAGAGAGGAAAAAAGAUCGUUGUUUGCAAACGGAUAGGGGAAAAUUGGGAAAUUUAUAGUCAGAUAAGAAUUUUAUUACUUUUGGGCAAAGACCAUUAUAACAAACUUUUUUUUUUAAGUUAUCAAGUUUCAGGCAGAAUGCAAUUAUUUUCUGGAUCUACAUCAGUUCUUUGGAGUAAUGUCUAUGAAAGGAUCCACAUGACUGGUGUAUAUAACUCUGAACUCUGAUAUUGGAGACAUUCCAGGCCAAGAGAGGCAUGUGAGGCAACAGGUGUGACUAUGCCAAGGAAUAUAUACUUUACACUUCCUGAAAGUUUAAAGAAACUUCAGGUAUGAUAAAUAUAUGUAACCAAAGAACUCAUUCUGUUAAGGACUACUACCUUAGGUCGUCAACAAAUACAUUUCACAGAGGGCUGUAAUGACACAUAAAUGGAAGGCAAGUGCAUAUCAAUUAAGACAAAAUGUUCCAGUUUUCUUUGGCUCUAGAACAACAGUGACCAUGUGCUGCUUCCGGGCAUUAUGAAAAACUACACACUCUGAGGCCUCUCCCAUUAUUAGCUGCUCGGUACAUUGUAAACAAAAUGAUUUCAAAUGUUUUACUGGGUUCUCAGGGAAGAAGGAAAACCUCCAGGGCCAAUAUAUAAGCUGGUUCCUAAGAGGAGUGACAGAAACAGGAAAGGCGAGGUUGCCCUGAGGACAAACACCACAAGGUGCAGGAGUUGAACCUGAAAGCACAGCAUCAGGCCAGGAGCCAAGGAGACAAACUGUCCCAGGUUGGUUUUGUUCCCUCGUCUAGAGAAGCAAAUGUAAAUCCUCCCUAACGAGUAUUCCCAGAUUAGGACCCCAGAUUCCCAUUGGCUCAACUAAGUAUGAGUUUAAAAAGUACAAACACCAGACACACAAGGAAGAAUGGCACCAUACCGAGAAGUUCAGUAGAAACAAUAAACAGAGUUAGAUCCCCAAGGACUUCAGCCAGUGGAAUUAUCAGAUACAGGAUACAGUUAACUAUGUAUGAAUAGUUCAAAGAAGUUAAAGACAGAAAAAAAAAAAAAAAAAGACAAACAAAACAAAAAGAAUUAAGCUGUGUAAGUCCAUCAAAAAUGACCAAGCAUAUUUAAGAGAGAAUGAAUAGGAUUUUUGAAAACAAAAACUAUAACAAUUGAAAUUAAAAAUUCAAUGGCUUAGCUUUCAACAGGUUACACAGAGCUGAAAUGAGAAUUAGUAAAUAGGAUGAUAGUUCAAAGUCCCAAAGAGAAUAGAGAAUAUCCAAAAAGUUCACGGCUGAAAUUUUUUAACUGUGCUUUAAGCAAAAGUUUACAAAUCCAGUCUCCCAUACAAAAACUUACAUACACCUUGCUAUGUACUCCUAGUUGCUCUCCCACUGAGACUGCACACUCCUCCUCUCCACCCUGUAUCCCCCGUGUCCAUUCAGCCAGCUCUCGACCCCCUCUGCCUUCUCAUCUCACCUCCAGACAGGAGGUGUCUACUUGAGCCAAGAAACUCACUCCUCACCAGUAUCAUUUUCUGUCUUACAGUCCAGUCCAAUCCCUGUCUGAAGAAUUGGCUUUGGGAAUGGUUCCAGUCUUGGGCUAACAGAAGGCCCAGGGACCAUGACCUCUGGGGUCCCUCCAGUCUCAGUCAGACCACUAAGUCUGGUCUUUUUAUGAGAAUUUGAGGUCUGCAUCCCACGGUUCUCCUGGUCCAUCAGGGAUUCUGUGUUCUCUUUGUCAAGGCAGUCAUCGGUUGUAACUGGGCACCACCUAGUUCUUCUGGUCUCAGGCUGACAUAGUGUCUGACUUAUGUGGCCCUUUCUGUCUCUUGGGCUCAUAUUUACCUUGUAUCUUUGGUGUUCUUAAUCUUCCUUUGCUCCAGGUGGGUUGAGACCAAUUGAUCCAUCUUAGAUGGCUGCUUGCUAGCGUUUAAGACCCCAGACGCCACUCACCAAAGUGGGAUGCAGAAUGUUUUCUUAAUACAUUUUGUUAUGCCAGUGUCCCCUGAAACCAUGGUCCCCAGACCCCCGCCCCUGCUACUCAGGCCUUUAAAGUGUUCAGUUGUAUUCCGGAAACUCCUCUGCUUUUGGUUUGGUCCAGCUGUACUGACCUCACCUGUACCGUGUGUUGUCUUUCCCUUCCCCUAAAAUUGUUCUUGUCUAUCUAAUCAGUGAAUACUCUACUCCCUCCUUCCCCACCCUGUAACCAUCAAAGAAUAUUUUCUUCUGUGUUUGAACUAUUUCUUGAGUUCUUAUAAUAGUGGUCUCAUACAAUAUUUCUCCUUUUGCAACUAAUUUCACUCAGCAUGCCUUCCGGAUUCCUCCACGUUAUGAAAUGUUCCACGGGUUCAUCGUUGUUCUUUAUCAUUGCGUAGUAUUCCAUUGGUGUGAAUAUACCAUAAUUUAUCCGUUCAUCCAUUGACGGGCACCUUGGUUGCAUCCAUCUUUUUGCUAUUAUCAACAAUGCUGCAAUGAACACGGGUACGCACAUAUCUGUUUGUGUGAAGGCUCUUAUUUCUCUAGGACAUGUUCCAAGAAGUGGGAUUGCUAAAUCGUAUGGUAGUUUUAUUUCUAGCUUUUUAAGGAAGCACCAAAUCGAUUUCCAAAGUGGUACCAUUUUAUAUUCCAUGGCUGAAAUUUUCAGAGGAUGUAUAUCCACAAAUACAUGCAGCACAAUGUAUACUAGGCAAGAUAAAUGAGAAAGCCACAUAUAGACACAUUAGUGAAACUGCCCAUCAGAAUAGAUGAAAAGAGUAUCUUAAAAGCAGCAGAGAGGUGAAAAAAGGAGAUCCUGUAGAAAGAAAAAGACAAUUAGACAGCAGCUGACUUAAAACUACAAAGGAAAGCAGAUGACAGUGGAAUAAUAACUUCAAAAUACUGAGAGAAAACUAUUAACUAGAAUUGUACCUAGUAAAUUAAAAAAAUGACAGUUUUUAGGACAUUUUCAGGAUGCAAAACUGAAAGAGAUCACACCUUGAGCAGAACUUCUCGGAGUGACCUCUUCCAGGAAUACAGCCUUCAGAAGGAAAAUGGCCUUAGAAGGAAUGUCUGAGACACAAGAAAGAAAAAUGACCAAAGUAAGCAUCUGGUAACCCCCCAAAACUGUAUACGACGAUGAUGAUCAUGAUAAUGUUUAAGUGUAGGUUGGAAAACAACUAAAUUACUAGACAAUACUAGUUGGAAGAAAGGUGAUUGAAGUUAGUGUUCUAAGGUUCUUUUGGUGUGUAGGAAGGCAUUUAGCACUCUGAUUACCUUGAGAUUGUUAAAUUAAAUAUGCAUUUAAAUGUUCACGGUUAACAGUAAAAGAAUAGAGAAGGGCAGAGGGGUAACGAAAAUAAACAGAAACUUAUUAAAAGAAGAGGGUUCUGGGCUAAUAAACAUGGAAAUACGUUCCACUUAUUAAUAAUCAGGAAAACGCAAACUGAAGCCACAAUAAAAUACCAUUUUACACCUAUCAGAUUGGCAAAAAUUAAGUCUUACAAAACCAAAUGAAUGAGAAAGCAUAAACUAGCACAAACCAUUUUAGAAAACAAACUCGGCAUUACCUUCUAGAACUGUUACAAAGCUGACGAGGCACAUACUACAAACCACUAGCUCUGCUUCCGGGUACACACUCUAAAGAAGUUCUUGAACAUGUGCACCAAUAAACUAUACAAAUGUUCAUUUCAGCAUUGUUUGUAAAAACAAAAAAAUGGUAAACCACUCCCAACAACAUGAACCGUAAAAAUGAACCUGUUGAAUGAAAUGAUAAAUUACGUAACUACUUUACAUAUUACAUAGGAUAAUAUUUUUAUAAAGCUCACAAGUAAACUAUAGGGCUUAGGGAUAUAGGUAGUAAACACAAAAGAAGCAAAGGAACGAUCCAUUCAGGACGGUGGUUACCUCUGGGGACGGGGAUAAGCCUGGGUAUUGGAAGUGAGAAGGAACACAAAAGUAGGGUCAAUACUUCCCAGAAACAUUCUAGUUCGUAAUUAGGGGGUAGCUACACAGUUGCUUGUUUUAUUAUUAUGCUUCAUAACUUCCAUGUUUACAUAUAUUUUAUGUAUGCAUAUAACAUUAAACAUAGAACUAUACGGCAAGAAAUAUUUUUGUACUACUUUCUUGAUAGGAAGAAAUUAUGAACAAGGAAAUCAUCUUUCCUUAAAUGUAUGUAUAUACUACCUUGUGAAAUCAGAGGUAUGGUUUUUUAGUCACAAAGAAUACUGGUUCAACCACUGAUUAGUGUGGAAUUUUGGAUAAUAAAUGCCUUUGAGCCUUUUUUAAUGGUAAAAUGUAGAAUUAGCAUAAAGAUUAAAAUUAUUAUUACAAAGUGAUUGGUACAGACUAUACAUUUCAAAAAUGACUUGUUAACACCUCUGCCCAAACUUAAAAGAAAGCCUUUAUAAGCCACUAUUACCCAAAGCUGGAAACACUGGUGGCGUAGUGGUUAAGUGCUGCGGCUGCUAACCAAAACCUGGCAGUUCAAAUCCACCACGUGCUCCUUGGAAACUCUAUAGGGCAGUUCUCUUCUCUCCUGUAGAGUCAGUAUGAGUCAGAAUCAACUCAACGACAAUAGGUUUUUUUUUUUUCUUUUUGGUAUUACCCAAAGCUAAGAAACAAUUUAGUCUCAACUGUUAAGAUGUGUAAGAGUGACUUGUUAAAAAAAACUUUUUUUUUUUUAAACAUCCAAAUAAGCAUGUAAACUUGUCUUUCAAAGAGGCUAUGUACUUAGACCGACUGAAUUUAGUCUCAACUGUUAAGAUGUGUAAGAGUGACUUGUUUAAAAAAAACUUCUUUUUUUUUAAACAUCCAAAUAAGCAUGUAAACUUGUCUUUCAAAGAGGCUAUGGACUUAUUUCACCGAUGUUACUAUCCCUUAGAGUGAUUUUAGAAAUCCUCCAUUGGAACCGUUCACUUUCGAAAAUUUUUUACCAGGGAAGGAAAAUCUUAAUUCUUUGACGGUAAAAAAAAAAAAAAGAAGUUUUUUUUUUGAGGGUAGAUUUCACCUGUGGAAACAGCCAUAAAAUAUUUUGAAUCAUGUCUAAUAAACAGAGAACACAGGUCCAUAACCAAGUGGAGAUUCUGGUCAAAAUUAAGGUGUGACUAUGAUGAGACUAAUUAUCUUGGGUGACUUACAAAUGGACUCUUCAGGCUAUUUUCAAAGAUGAGUUUCAGAGAAGUUUUUAAGCAAUACCACCAUUGCCCCAAAAAAGCUUUGCCAGGUUACUGCUUGGAAGGACAACAUCCAUCUCGAUGCAUGAAAAGUCUCAUUUCUACAGAGUGCAGCAAGCUUGCAGUUAUUGAAGAGAACCCCUUAAUCAGUCACGAAGUUCGUAAAACUACUUAUGCCAGCCACCUUUAACCUUUUAAUUCCUGAAAGGCCAACAAAAAUCUUUCAUUUUCAGUUAAACAAAAAGAGAUCCUUUAUAUGCGAAGAAAAAUAUUAUAGCCAACUUACUAACUCAAGUUUGCAGUGAUGUGAAUCCAGCUCUUUGAUUUCAGUAGUUACGUAGUAUAUAUAAUUUAUUAUUUUGAUUUGCUAGAAAGUUAUCGCACAAAUUUAUAAGUGGCUUCAAGAAAAUAUCACAGAGAAGCUUUAUUGCCAAAGUAAUUUCACACGACUGAGCUGUGGCUGACCCAAGCCAUGGUAUUUUCAGUCGCCUCAUAUGCAUACAAAAGCUGGACAAUGAAUAAGAAGACUGAAGAAGAACUGACGCCUUUGAAUUAUGGUGUUGGCGAAAAAUACUGAAUAUACCACGGACUGCCAGAAGAACAAACAAAUCUGUCUUGGAAGAAGUACAACCAGAAUGCUCCUUAGAAGGGAGGAUGGCGAGACUUCGUCUUAUGUACUUUGGACAUGUUACCAGGUGGGACUAGUCCCUAGAGAAGAACGUCAUGCUUGGUAAGUGGGUCAGCGAAAAAGAGGAAAACCCUCAAUGAGACAGACUGACACAGUGGCUGCAACAACGGGCUGAAGCAUAAGAAGGAUUGUGAGGAUGGCGCAGGACUGGGCAGUGUUUCGUUCUGUUGUGCACAGUUAGAACCGAUUCAACAGCACCUAACAACAGCAACAAUUUCACAAGAAGGGGGAAAAGAUUGCUGAUGACAUCCGAAUAAUAAUUUCUUUAAAUGGCUGGUAUGAGAAAUCACAGAAGAUAUUUUCUACUGAUAAAACAUGAAUUAGAUUCUAAAUGCAUUCUCUCUUUAUCAUAAAAGAGAUGGGGAGAACAACGAAAAGUUUACCAUUUGCAAGAGUGGCUUAUGCAAUUCAGCUAUCCCUUAUCUAGGGACUUAACAGCAUUAUACAUUCAAGUUCAUUUGGGAAUUAAGAGAAUGACUAAUACUCCUUAGAGGGAGUAUAAAGUUUAUUCAACCAGUUUUAAAAUAAUCAAUUAAUUACGUAAGAAUAUAGUGAAAUUAGUCAAAGACAACAUCAAGUAAUUGUUUUCAAAGUGGCAAGCAGUAACUUUAAUGACUACAGGGGAAUCACACAAAACCACCUAGAAAUAUUUCUUGAAGAAAUAAUAUACACACUUACAUAUUUUCACUUUUUUUUUCCAUUUAUAAUUUCAAUAUUUUAGCUCUAUUUUAUAUGACUUUUUGGUAGGCGCUGUUAACAUCUGAGGUUAAAGUGAUGGGCCUCACAAUAAAGUAGCCAUCCUCUUUGAACAUUUCCUCUUUUCAUUCCUAUGCAUAUAAUCAUCUUUCAAUUGUAUGAUUCCUUCAGUCUGCUUCUCAUUUCAUAUCUCAAUGUAUUUUUGUCCAAUAAAGAGACUGUGCCUAUUGAUGGUAUUUAUCGUUUAUGUUGGCAGGGCCUUCAAAGCUAUGCUUCUGUCUGCCCAUAUGUACUGUAACAGACAGCUACAUGUUCCCAUUACUUCAGGUCUUAUAAGUAUUUCAUCUUUUAUGGGUGUGGCUAGGGUACCAACUUAGUAUGCCAGAUGACCACUGUAUAGUAAAAGCCAGAAAUGAAAAUGUAAUAAUACCCUUAUGCCCCCAAAUUCUAUACAUAUGACAAAGGCAAAAAUACGUUAAAGAGAACAUUUAAAUAAUCUUAGGAAACAAUAAUAAGAUCAAGAUCCCCCCUUAUGAGGAUAAAUAUACUAGUAACCACAGUUAGGCUAGCAUUAUAGUGUAAGAACUCCAUUCGAAAUGAGAAACAGUUUAGGCGAAGUCUUGAGAUUUAUUCUCCACAUCAAGCCAUUUGAAGACAGUCCAGUAAGUUCUGAAGAGUCAGCAGCUUUUGGAUUGACUGAAGUAUGGUUACAGUUAUACAACGGAGCAUCGGUUCAGAUCUAGCAAUGACUUAUGAUCUUGCCCAUAGGCUGAUAGCAAAAAAUAGCACAAUCUGAGAACAUGUGAGUCUACUUUAUGCAAGGACCUUUAUCUGCCAGGCUGGGCUCUCAUAAUUUUUGUUGUUGUUUUGAUAUACCCAGUAGGCACGGGCUUUUGCAAUGCGGCUUUCGCCUAGCUGUACUGAUAAGCCCAGGCUCCCGUUUAAUGAGGGCUGUCAGAGCUAUUAGGCAAUGAACUUCAGGGCUGGCUGGAGCGAGAAAGUGUUCUUUGCUGCCCCAGCUUCUUUGUGAACCAGAUGACUAGACCAGCAGUGAACUACAAUAAAUUCUAAGGUAUGACCAAAGGAAAAUUCAGACAGGCCUGAAGUGCCAAACUACAUUGCAAAUAAAAAAUAGAAUAUAUAGCAAUAUUCUUAAUAAAUAUAUAUAAAAAGAUAUACAUAUAACCAAUAGGCCAUUUUACAGUGCUGGUUAAAACCAUGAAGAGGUGGGUAAGUCAGUAGGCUUAUGUCAAUAUCCUGGCUCCAAAUGAAUGUGCAGAAAUAUUUUCAAUUAAAGUUCAAUAAAUAUACCUGCAGGCGAUUAAACAUAAUAGAAAAAACAGUUGUUUCAGUCUUUCUCUUUUUAUCAACAGUUCCUUUUACUGAUUAAUAAUAGACUUGAACUGAUCAAUCUUGGGUUCAAAAUCAAAUGAUUAAAUCAAAGAGGAGCACUGAAAAUACUGUCAGAUUCCCUUUGCUAGGGAGUCAUGUAAUCACAAUUGAACCCUACAACAGCAUCAAAUCUAAAGCCUUCUGUAAUAUUCACUCUAGUUCAAUUUCUGCUUAUUACAAAAUAUGUUCCUUUUACAUGAGAUGAGAAAGAAGCAAAAUUGCUGACUCGUUCAGAUAGAACUAGUUCAACUAGGUCUUUUGGCGUCUUAACAAUUCAAACUUAAAAUAUGGGCUCUGUAUAGCACUCCUAUAAGCUUCUGGAAAUGCAGCCAAGUGGCACUCUGAAAGGUGAAACAUUUUUUCCUACUUCUGUAAAUAUCCAAGGAAUUGAAAAACCAAACACCUAGUAAAAGCAAGGCAUAGAUUCAUCAGCACCAAGUAGAAAUGAUCUUCAAAAGGAGCAGCUCUCUUAUGUGUCCUGAUACCCUUUUGUUGAUGAAUCAGUUCUACUCUUCCCCCUAAGAAAAAUCCACUGCCUGAGGUUAACACCUUUAGACAAAAGGAAAGGAAAAACUCACCAAAUGACUCAGCCAUGCAUUUGAUUUACAUAAAAAUAAUAAUAAUAAAAAGCUUUCAAGGUUUUGGCACUACUUUAAACAUUUUUUGGAGCAAGUAUGGUUUCAAGUUAGACUGUCUUCCUUCCCUAGUCCAUUAUCUGUUAAAGCAAGAAGUAUCAAAUUUAACUUUAUCACUAAUAAUUCUUCAACUUCCACUCCAAAAGCUAUGCUUAGUCACAAUACAACAGGUAACAUUUAAAUAAGACUCUAGUUGUAAUUAAAACUGUUCAAAGACAGAUCAAAAUCCUGGUUGUCCUUCUUGCCUAACAGGUACGACUAAUUUGUUGGUGGCAGGAACUCAAAUCACAUACAGUCAACCACAUUACUGGAUCCGUGACCUACAUCUCGAAUCUGGCUGGUUAAACAGGGACACACAGCUACACCUGCUCCCGCUCUGCAAUGGGACACAGAUCCAACAAGCUCCCACCUGAAAAGAUACAGGAAAAAGAGCAUUUUAAAACAAAAAUAUGAUUUGCUGUACUCAAAAUCCCAAUCAAAAACUUCCUAUUGUGGGACUAGUUCUGAUAGCUAGCAAGCUUCCCAAGAGAGGAAAGACCCCAAACAACUACACCUAGCAGCACUUUAACACUCGGGAGUGAUCUGUGACUGCGAGAGCCCAUUAAAGCACAGAGAAAACAUGGAAGUUACCUGUUCAGCACUGGAUCAAAUGCUUCCACUGUGUUUAGGUAUGCAUUGCCAUUAUGACCACCAACCGCAAAGAUUCUUCCCAUCACUGUUGCGAUCCCCACUCCACCCCUGGGAGUGGUAAGUGCUGCUACAUAAUCCCACUUGUUGCUCCGAGGGUCAUACCGUUCAACUGAACUCAGAGGAGAAUUAUCAUCAAAACCACCUAUGUAGAGAAAUAUUUUUAAUACAGCAUUACAGUUCAUAGAAAUUAACUACUAAACAUCAAUAGCUUCUACAAACUCGAUCAUUUAAAAAUAUUUUAGAAAAUUGAGAAAACCUGAAAAAAAAUUCAUCCCAAUGCCUGUCUACCACCACCAACUACUGUUAGACAUUGUCUAUAACAUAAUUUAAGUGGUACUUUACCUCAAUACUAACAUUAAAAAGGUCCCUACCAAAAAAAAAA